AUGCAUGCUCUAAAGGACAAGGUCUCGCAGAAGCUAUCGAAUCUCUUCGCCGAUUCCCCUUCCCAAUCUGCAUCUCCUCGAAUCUCCCUCACCGAUUCUCCAAAGGCUUCAGGGAAAUCGUUUUCUUCGUAUUUCUCAUUUGGUUCUGGAAAUGAUGAGAAUGAAGAUUCUGAAUCAUUACCUCCUCCUCUUCCCAUUAGAACAGACAGCUACGAGUCUGUUGAGAAUUGCAAACAAGAAGAUUGCAAAAACCAAGCUUCGACAAUGAUCUCCAACAAGGACGGUGAGGUUGGUGCUUCUGUGAAAGUAGAAUCGCGUAAUGAUUACUGUGAAGGUGUGAAGGAGAUGACAGAGAGCUCUGCUUUUAUCUCUGCGAACUUGUGUGAGUUCUUGCACGCGUGUCUUCCUAAUAUCGUGAGAGGAUGCAAAUGGGUCUUGGUAUACAGUACGUUGAAGCAUGGCAUAUCACUGCGUACGCUUCUGCGUAAAAGUGCUGAGCUUCCUGGUCCUUGUUUAUUGGUUGCUGGAGACAAACAAGGUGCAGUUUUUGGUGCUUUGCUGGAAUGUCCAUUAACAACUACUCCUAAGAGGAAAUAUCAGGGUACAAGCCAGACAUUCUUGUUCACAACUAUUUAUGGUCAACCACGCAUAUUUAGACCUACCGGUGCCAACCGAUAUUACUACAUGUGUAUGAAUGAGUUUUUGGCUUUUGGAGGCGGAGGAAGCUUUGCGCUAUGUUUAGACGAAGAUUUGUUGAAAGCAACAAGUGGACCUUCUGAAACAUUUGGCAACGAAUGCUUAGCUAGCAGCACAGAGUUUGAGUUGAAGAAUGUCGAGCUUUGGGGAUUUGCGCAUGCGUCUCAAUACCUCUCCUCCUGA